AUGGGUGUUGCUUUCGACAAGUGUGAGACUCGGCCGGCCAAUAUCGAUGCCAUCCUCAACGGCCUGGACAGAUACAACCCCGAGACGACCACCGUUUUCCAGGACUACGUUGUACAACAGUGCGAGGACAGGACAUUCGACUGCUAUGCCAACCUGGCAUUGUUGAAGCUUUACCAAUUCAACCCUCACCUUCUCCAGGCUGAGACCGUCACCAACAUCCUUGCUAAGGCGCUUACCGUUUUCCCAUCCCCUGCUUUCUCUCUUUGCCUCGCCCUGCUCCCCGCCCACACCCAGCCCUUCCCCUCCAACGCUGAGGCCCAGGCCGCAUCUCAAACCUCCGACUUCGUUGAAUCCGUUCAGAAGCUCGCGCGCCUCUCCACGCUCCUUGAGUCUGCCCAGUACGCUCAGUUCUGGUCCACCUUGAACUCCGAUGACCUCUACGCCGAUCUGACCGCCGAUGUCGCCGGCUUCGAGGAGCUUGUCCGCAUCCGCAUCGCUGUUGAGGUUGGCAAGGCAUUCCGUGAGAUCAAUGCCGAGGUUCUUGAGCAAUGGCUCGAUCUGAGGAGUCGUGAGGCUCUUGAGAAGUUCGUCGCCGAGGUCUGCAGCUGGGAGGUCGACAAGUCCGGCCCCAACGGCACCGUUGUCAAGGUCCCCACCAACAAGGAGAACGAGGCCCGCAGCGAAGUCAAGAGCGAGCGCGUCGGUGUCGAGAUGUUCGGCCGUGUUAUCAGACGGGGAUUUGAGCAGGCUGCUUGA